UGUAGCGACACGAAGGCGCCACCGGCCUCGUCGCCAGCCGCCCUCGCAACCGCCCGGAAGACAGGUAUUCAAAACAAACCGGAGAGCACCCGCUCAGGCGCGGGAGUCAGGAAGGAGCGGCUAUCACCCGGUGUUCCUCGGCGGCAGGUGCCCAAGCCUCGCGUCAGCACCAUGGACAGCGCCCGCGAACAGCUUCAGGGACGCUUGGACGCCGCGGGCUUAUGGCAGGUCUGGCAGCGCUUUGACGGAGAUGAGAAAGGAUACAUAGAAGAGAAGGAGCUUGAUGCUUUCUUUCGCCAUGUCUUGACGACACUGGGUACUGAUGCGGCGGUGGUAGAAGAAAACGUGCAGAGACUGAAGCAGCGAAUUAUGGCUCCCCAGGACGUCUCUAGAGCUGGUCGCGUACAAAUGAAAGAGCUUGCCACUAUGUUCUUGUCUGAGGAUGAAAACUUCCUUCUGCUCUUUCGUCAGGAAACCCCCUUGGACAGCAGCGUGGAGUUUAUGCAGAUUUGGCGCAAAUACGAUGCUGACAGCAGUGGCUUUAUAUCAGCUGUUGAGCUGCGGAACUUCCUCCGAGACCUCUUCCUCCACCACAAAAAGGCCGUCCCUGAGGCUAAGCUGGACGAAUACACCGGCACCAUGAUGAAGAUCUUUGACAAAAACAAGGAUGGCCGGUUGGAUCUUAAUGACUUGGCAAGGAUUCUGGCUCUUCAGGAAAACUUCCUUCUCCAAUUUAAAAUGGAUGCUUGUUCCACUGAGGAAAGAAAGAGGGACUUUGAGAAAAUCUUUGCCCACUAUGACGUUAGUAAAACUGGAGCUCUGGAAGGCCCGGAAGUGGACGGGUUUGUCAAAGACAUGAUGGAGCUGGUCCAGCCCAGCAUCAGUGGAGCGGACCUCGAUAAGUUCCGGGAGAUUCUUCUGCGCCACUGUGAUGUGAACAAGGAUGGAAAAAUUCAGAAGUCCGAGCUCGCGUUGUGUCUUGGGCUGAAAAUCAACCCAUAAGCCCCGGAUGCUUUGUCUUUUGCUCUUAGGAUGUGUCUGAGCUCCUGCUGGGAAAAUUGUAUCUGUGCUUUGCUGUUGGGGACACCGGGGCAAGCUUUGUAACAAAUGGUGUGGUGUUUUAGGGCAAGAAGGGGGGUCCUAGGGCCUUCUUUCUAAGGCCAUGGUGUUCUCCUGCCUCACUGAGAGCCCCCUGCAGUGUCUGUGUUAUUCCCGCCCCCCCCCCAACCCGGGCUUUCCUGUCCCCCCAGAGAGUCAGCUAACCACCUGCUGAAUCCGCUCCUGCGUGGCCUCCCUCAGGCCCCAGGGGCUCAGGGGAGGCGGAUUCCAUCCACCUGUGCUCCCCUUGUGGGCUUUCUGAGUGGUGAAUGGCGUCUCUGUUGCUCCUGUGAUUUUCUACAAAUCAGUUCUGUCGUGGAAAUAAACCUAUAGCUGGAAACAAAGAU